AGAUAGGGAGCUUUGUGCAACAGGUCAGAGAAGGGACAGCAUCGCCAUCGCCAAUUCGCCAUCGCAAAAUGCAGGCGCUGCUACUCCCCGCGCGGCCCGCGCCGCCGCCGGCGGCGGCGGCGGUGAUGCCGUCCGCGUAUGCGUCGCAGGCCCGCUGCUCUCUACUCGGCGCCGCCGGUCGCCUCAGCUUGGGGGUCCGCGGAUGCGCCCGGCGGCCCCGCACAGUGGCGGCGGCGCCGUCCUCGUCCUCGUCCUCGCCGGGACCACUCUACCCGACGCCUCCACCCACCGAGCAGGAGGUGGAGCGGGUGAAGCUCGAGCAGGUUAUGAGGAGACUAGAGAAAACAGCAAGGUAUUUCAAGAAUUUGGGUACCUUUGGGUUCUGGUCCCAGUUGGUGUGCACAAUUGUUUCUGCUGGAAUUUUGUCCUUCUCUACUGUUGUGACUGGGAAGGUGACUGCACCCUUUACAUUCUACGCAACUGCUGCUGGUAUUGCUGCUGCUUUUAUUUCAGUCUUCUGGUCAUUUGGUUAUAUUCGUCUCUCUGAAAGACUUAGAAGAACAGCAAAAGAACCUGAUAAGGCUCCUCCACGCGCCGAUGUUGUUAAGAGUCUAAAAAAUGGCAUUGUGCUUAAUAUUCUCGGGAUGGGUGCUACUGUUCUGGGGAUGCAGGCAACUGUUGGUGCUUUGGUAGCAAAAGCUCUCACAACCUCUUCAGUACCCUAUUAUCAGGCUAGCCAAAGCCCCGUUUUGGCUCUGGAUGUUUUCCUAGUCCAGCAUUACCUUAAGCAGCAUUGUGACCUUGAUUUCCUUACUACGACACUUCAUUUUACCUGAAAGACAUACUUCUGUAGAGCUCCACUAAAUGUUUGGGGGUACUGCAAUCGCAUUUCCAAUAUACACCAUGUUAUCACUUUCUUCAGAGUAUUUGUUUCUCCAGCUACAUUCAUGUACCAAUCCCUUACUCUACAUAACAUAGUAGAUAGUACCAGGGCCACGGGUGAAUGGCAUCCUCACGUCUAGAAUGACACCAAAUUAAUUCAGCCUGCAGCCUUACGAUGUAAAUAUCUGUAGGUUUCAGAAAUUAGAAUCCUGCAGGCAUCACCUAUUCAAUAUCAGUAAUCAUACUAGAAAUUGUUAAGCAGCACAAAGAGCUGUAAAGGUAUAAAUGUUUGCAUCAAUAACAGACCAUCUAUGUUUGUCA